AUGGGUUAUGCACCCGGGUCGCUAGCUGUCGCCAUCUCUGCCCAUAUAUGGUAUUUCCUGGGGUUCCUUAACCUCCCGCCUCACUUUAAGUGCUUGGUGUGCGGAAAAUUUUUCCGUAAUAAGAAAAGGUUUGCUCGUCAUGAAGCAGUGCACACCGGAGAUAAAAAGUUUAAAUGCUUAGAGUGUGGAAAGGGCUUCAUUCAGAAGGCAAGCUUCACUUCUCAUCAAACUAUUCAUACUGGGGAAAAACCAUUUAAAUGCUUGGAGUGUGGAAAGAGUUUCACUCAGAAGAUAAGCCUCACCUAUCAUCAAAAUACCCAUACUGGGGAGAAGCCAUUUACAUGCUUGGAGUGUGGAAAGCAUUUCACUCUGAAGAAAAGGCUUAUCUACCAUCAAGCUACUCAUACUGGGGAGAAGCCAUUUAAAUGCUUGGAGUGUGGGAAGAGUUUCACUCAGAAGAUAAGCCUCACCUAUCAUCAAAAUACCCAUACUGGGGAGAAGCCAUUUACAUGCUUGGAGUGUGGAAAGCAUUUCACUCUGAAGAAAAGGCUUAUCUACCAUCAAGCUACUCAUACUGGGGAGAAGCCAUUUAAAUGCUUGGAGUGUGGGAAGAGCUUCAUUCAGAAGAUAAACCUGACUCGUCAUGAAGCAAUUCAUACUGGGGGAAAGCCAUUUAAAUGCCUGGAGUGUGGAAAGUGUUUCACUCAGAAGAGAAGGCUUUUCCAUCAUCAAACUAUUCAUACUGGGGAGAAGCCAUUUAAAUGCUUGGAGUGUGGAAAGUCUUUUAUUCAGAAGGGAAAUCUCACUUCUCACCAAAGAAUUCACUCGGGGGAGAAACCCUUUCAGUGCUUGGAGUGUGGAAAGAGCUUCCGUGUAAAGGGAUGCUUUGUUUCUCACCAGACCAUUCACACAGGGAAGAAACCCUUUCAGUGCUUGGAGUGCGAAAGCUCUUUUACAGAAAAACGAGGUCUAAUUGCUCAUCAAGCAACACAUUCUGGGGAAAAGCCAUUCAAAUGCUUGGAUUGUGGGAAGGGCUUUGCAUGGAAGGCAGGCCUCACACAACAUCAAAAAAUCCACUCUGGGGAUAAACCGUUUCAGUGUUUGGAGUGUGGAAGAUGUUUCAGACUGAAGCAAACCCUACAUCUUCAUCAAGUGACACACACGGGGGCAAGAACCCUUCAAAUGUCCGGAGUGCGGAAAAAGUUUUUGCCAGAAGAAACACCUCCCUUAUUUUAAGAUGUCCACUGUGGGUUAAGUGGAUAGUUAGGACCUGCUAACUUUUCUAUAUCAUUGCGUUCUUUGAAUAAAGUCUUUGUAAGCUUGAAGCUGCUCCUGAAUUGCUAAAGCUCAGUCACUCUAUCGCUGGCACCAGAAGCUUCUGAUUUGCUGAACUGCCGCAACAGCUUUUGUUGCUGAUUAUGUUUAGUUUUUAAUAUUACCACCCUUCCUUCUACUUUUUCAAUUGCUUUCAGUUCCUGGCCAAACUUCUGUUGGACUUCCAGUGUCAGACUCUGGAAGAUCUUGGAGUUAAAAUCAAGCUCACAACAAUAAAAUGCUGGUGACAA